AUGAAACUCCUCCCCACCCUCCUCCUCGCCCUCAGCACCCUCCUCCCCCUAACCCUCACCAACCCCUCCCCAGACCGCCUCAACGGCGUCCUCCAAUCCGCCGCCAAAGCCGCCAACGCCUCCCCCAAACCCGCCUCCUCUCGAAAACCCGGCGCCGUACCCUCCCCCGCUAAACCGGCCACCCCGAACCUCUCCGGUCUAGGAAUUGUGGGCGCACCCAAUUACGCCGAGAAGUGCCGGGCGAAGAAUGUUAAGAUGGCGAAGGUGAUUGAGACGUUUUGUGGCUUGCAGAGGAUCGAGGUGCCGAGUGGGUUUACGAGUAAGGGGUGGUGUGGGUAUGGGGGGAGGGAUAUGAUGAACGCGCAGGUGGAUAGUGCGUUUGGGGGGGAGAAGGUUUGGUGUGUUAAGGUGGGGAGUAAGAAGGGGAAGUGUAAGCCAACGACACUGGACAAGAAGAAGUGCAUGGGGAAAUUGAUGGAGGUUUGUGCGAAGGGUGGGAAGAGGGGGGUUGGCAAGGCGAGGGAUGGGGAGUGUUUUGUCUAUCAGACGGGGUUUUAUGAUGGGUUGGCGGCGGAUGCGGAGAUUAGUCCUUUUAGGGGGGCGGCGAAGCCGGCGGGUUAUUAG